AUGCUGUCCAGAACGCGGAUUUUACCGUACCUUGGAAGGUACUACUCAGAUAUACCAAAAUAUAAUCCAGCGUUCAUUAAUAGCAGUUCAUCAUCUAAUGAUGCACACCCAAAACCAACACAUAAUCCGACAUUUGAUAAAUCAUCAGGUACAAGUACAUCAGAUGAUGAAAUAUUUCAUUUUCAGCAGCUUGCACCAACAUGGUGGGAUACUUGGGGAUCUCAGAGGAUUUUGCAUAAGAUGAAUUUAGCUAGGCUUGAUUUUUUGCAAAGAACGGUUAGAAAUCAAAUAAAGAUCAAGAAUGAUGAUGUGUACAUCCCGGGAUUCAAUCAUCAUGAUCAUUUACCAGGUUACGUUACCAAGGCAAUUGACCAGGAUAUUUUUAAUGAAGUGCAACGUGGAUUGGGUGAAAAAAAAUUCGAUGCCCUUGACAUUGGCUGUGGGGGAGGUAUAUUGUCAGAGUCUUUUGCCAGGUUGCCAUUCAUUCAAAGUGUCACAGCAAUUGAUUUGACUCCAGAAUGUAUUGAGGUGGCUAAGGCACAUGCAGCAAAGGAUCCUUCGAUAAAGGAUAAAAUAUUCUAUAAGUUCUUGCCUUUGGAGAAGGUUCAUGGCCACUAUGAUAUUGUGACAAUGUUUGAAAUGUUGGAGCAUGUUGAUGAACCAAGUGAAAUAUUACGUCAAGCUUGGAGUAAAUUGAAACCCAAUGGAGUUAUCUUCUUAAGCACUAUAAACAGAGACCCAAUCUCAUGGUUUACCACCAUAUUCAUGGGAGAGCAGAUAUUAAAAGUAGUUCCAAAAGGAACUCAUCACGUUGAAAAGUACAUCAACUCAUCAGAGAUCAAACAAUGGUUUGAAGAUAAUGUACAAGGAAGAUAUGAAAUUUUAGACACUAAAGGAACCAUGUAUCUACCUUUGACCGGUUGGGUGGAACACGACUGCACUAACAUCGGAAACUACUUUAUGGCAAUCAAAAAAUUGAACUAA